CAUCGCACCUCCGAUUAUUGAAUUUCUUACACAAAAAUAUCUUUUUUUUUUCCCUCAAUCCCCGCGCCUUUCUGUUUUCAGUCCCUUAGGAUCUACAAAAUAUAACUAGCGCCAUAAACAUGUCUAAUUUUUUGCGUUCAAGUAUUGAGUACUUGCUUGAUGUGCCCUCUACAGUUAGCCAGCCCAAAAAAAGGUGGCAUUUGGCAUUUGCCACCAUCUACUGUUCCAGAACCAUACACUCUCUUGCCAGGGUCUCUAUGGCUAACAAAAAAACCGGCAAACUUUCUCCCUCUCAUUCUUUUAUUAUACUCGAUAUUAACCCACACAACAGCUCCUUCAACAUCAAUCAAGCAAAUCUCACUGAGCUUGUAAAAAAGAAAAAUCACAAACGACUUCGGCAAUUAGGUGGCGUUGCAGGUAUAGCCUCUGCUAUUAAAACCGACAUAGAAGGUGGCAUCUGUGGAGGUGUCCAAGACAUCGCUCGUCGCCAAGAGGCAUUUGGCUCCAACGCCUAUAAGAAACCACCGACAAAGAGCUUUUUCCAUUUUUUGGUCGAAGCUUUUAAAGAUCUUACUAUUGCCAUUCUUUUAGCCUGUGCAGCACUUUCUCUUGGCUUCGGCAUUAAGGAACAUGGUUUAAAGGAAGGUUGGUACGAUGGUGGCAGUAUUUUCGUUGCUGUGUUUCUCGUCAUCGCUGUCUCUGCUGUAAGCAAUUACAGGCAAAAUAGACAAUUUGAUAAAUUGUCCAGAGUCAGCAACAAUAUCAAAAUUGAUGUUGUAAGACAAGGUCGGCGACAACAGGUUUCUAUAUUUGAACUUGUUGUCGGAGAUGUUGUUUGUCUCAACAUAGGAGACCAAAUCCCUGCUGACGGAUUGUUCGUAGAUGGGCAUUCCUUGCAAAUUGACGAAUCCAGCAUGACAGGGGAAAGCGACCACGUUGAAGUUAAUCACGACCAAAAUCCAUUCUUGUUCUCUGGCACCAAGGUCGCUGAUGGCUAUGGCAGAAUGCUUGUUACAUCAGUAGGAAUGAACACAACAUGGGGAGAAAUGAUGAGCCAUAUCAGCCGCGACACCAGUGAACAGACACCUUUGCAGGCUAGGCUUAAUAAGCUCACCUCAUCAAUUGGCAAGGUCGGUCUGGCUGUUGCUUUCCUUGUUCUUGCAGUCUUGUUGAUUCGUUACUUCACUGGCAACACGCAAGAUGAGAAUGGAAAUAGGGAAUUUAAUGGCAGCAAGACAAAAGCAGAUGAUAUAGUGAAUGCAGUGGUGGGAAUUGUAGCAGCUGCGGUCACAAUUGUUGUAGUGGCAAUCCCAGAAGGACUGCCAUUGGCUGUUACACUCACUCUAGCUUAUUCGAUGAAGAGGAUGAUGGCCGAUCAAGCAAUGGUGAGGAAGCUCUCUGCUUGCGAGACUAUGGGCUCUGCCACCACAAUUUGUACCGACAAAACGGGCACGCUUACAAUGAACCUGAUGAAGGUAACAAAAUUUUGGCUAGGCCAAGAAUCAAUGGAGCAGAGCACUUCUUCCAUUUCCCCACAUGUUCUUGAAUUGAUCAAACAAGGAGUUGCCCUUAAUACAACGGGUAGUGCCUACAGAGCAAAUCCAGAAGCUGAGUACGAAUUCUCAGGUAGUCCCACAGAAAAAGCAAUUCUUUCUUGGGCCAUCCUGGAUCUGGAAAUGGAUAUGGAGGAACAGAAGCAGAGUUGCAUCACUGUCCAUGUCGAAGCUUUCAACUCACAAAAGAAAAGAAGUGGUGUUUUGAUAAGGAAGAAGCUUGACAACACAAUCCACGUACACUGGAAAGGAGCUGCAGAGAUGAUACUAGCAAUGUGCUCAAGUUAUUAUGAUGCUUCCGGAAUAAUGAAAGAUUUGGAUGAUCAGCAAAAGAGUGUAUUCAAGAAAAUUAUUCAAGGCAUGGCAGAUAAUAGCCUUCGCUGCAUCGCUUUUGCUCAUACACAAAUAUCAGAACAACAGCAUGGAGAAGGGAUGGAAGGGAAAAAACUCAAAGAAAACAGCUUGACGCUACUAGGACUUGUGGGUAUCAAGGACCCAUGUCGACCAGGGGUGAAGAAAGCUGUGGAAGCUUGCCAACAUGCUGGAGUGAAUAUCAAAAUGAUUACUGGCGACAAUGUUUUCACUGCAAGAGCUAUAGCCAUCGAGUGUGGAAUAUUGAAUCCUGGUCAGGAUAUGUUCAGUGGAGCUGUAGUAGAAGGAGAAGAAUUUCGCAACUACACACAUAAGGAAAGAAUGGAGAAAGCAGAUAAAAUAUGUGUGAUGGCAAGAUCUUCCCCUUUCGAUAAACUUCUCAUGGUGCAGUGCCUGAAACAAAAAGGCCAAGUGGUGGCUGUCACUGGUGAUGGAACUAAUGAUGCACCAGCGUUGAAAGAAGCAGAUAUUGGGCUGUCUAUGGGUAUUCAGGGCACAGAAGUUGCCAAGGAAAGCUCAGAUAUUGUGAUUUUGGACGAUAAUUUUGCUUCUGUGGCCACAGUUUUGAGGUGGGGAAGGUGUGUUUACAACAAUAUACAGAAAUUUAUUCAGUUCCAGCUCACCGUCAAUGUUGCUGCCCUGGUAAUCAAUUUCGUGGCAGCGGUUUCAGCCGGUGAAGUUCCGUUGACAGCAGUCCAGCUACUGUGGGUGAAUUUGAUCAUGGACACACUUGGUGCUCUGGCUUUGGCUACGGAACAACCCACCAAAGAGCUCAUGGAUAAGGCACCAGUGGGCAGAACUGAGCCGCUUAUCACCAACAUUAUGUGGAGAAACCUAUUGGCUCAAGCUUUGUAUCAGAUAGCUGUUCUCUUGACACUUCAAUUCAAGGGCGAAUCCAUCUUUGGCGUGGCAGAGAAGGUAAAUGACACCUUAAUCUUCAAUACAUUUGUUCUCUGCCAAGUGUUUAAUGAAUUCAAUGCAAGGAAGUUGGAAAAGAAGAAUGUGUUCAAGGGGAUACAUAAGAACAAGUUAUUCUUGGGAAUCAUUGGGAUAACCAUUGUCCUUCAGGUGCUGAUGGUGGAGUUUCUGAAAAAGUUUGCAGAUACAGAGAGGUUGAAUUGGGGUCAAUGGGGUGCAUGCAUUGGAAUGGCAGCUCUUACAUGGCCAAUUGGUUGGGUUGUCAAGUACAUGCCUGUUCCAGAAAGACCAAUUUUUAGCUAUUUAAAUUGGAGGAUGCAGAAUUCGGAAAAUUGAUUGAUUCUUGUAUUGUUGUUGAUUUUUUUUCCCUUUUUGUUAUUCUUUCGUUGGGGUAGAUAGAUAGCCAUUUGCACCAAAUAAAUAGAGAUGAAUAUUCAUUGUAUAAGUUCUUUUCAUUCCCUCAGCAGAUAGAAUGCAUCCAUUUGAUUUAUUGUUAGAAAAA